UUGAAGUGCAGUGUCGCUGAACGGAGGUUCAUUACAUCAGAGCGAGCCUCGUGUUAUAUGACCAGAAAUGACUGGAAACUAGAAACAGCUCCAGUUCUCAGUGUGUUGACAGGAGAACCAUAAAGAAGACAGGAUGUUUGGUGCAGUGGUUGUUGGCGUCGGCACAGCUGGAUCAGUGAGGAUCAGAGACCUGGUGGCUCCUCUAGCUGGCAGCGCUGCAGAGAAACUCACUAUCAAAGGAUUCAUAUCCAGCAGGAGGAGCCUGGGCGAUCAGCAGGGAGUGAGUCAGAUCUCCAGAGAAGAGGCUGUGAGCAGAGAAGACGUCCAGGCGGCGUUCGUUUGUACUGAGAAUGUGUCCCACGAGGAAAACAUCAGAACUUUUCUGCAGGCAGGGAAACACGUCUGUGUGGAGUAUCCCAUGACUCUGAACCACCAGGCUGCCGUGGACCUCUGGGAUCUGGCCCAGGAGAAAGGAUUGGUUCUCCAUGAGGAACACAUCGAGCUGCUGACAGAAGACUACAAACUCCUAAAAAAAGAGACAGAGGGGAAAAUCCUGAAGGAAGGGACUCUUCAUUUUACUGGUGGAGCUCUAAAGCCUGGAUUUGGUGCCCUGGUAUUCAGUGGCAUUGCUCGCCUCACAUGGUUGGUCGACCUGUUCGGUGAGCUGUCAGUCACUGCAGCAACCAUGGAGGAAGACGCUGGAAAAAACUACAGCAAGAUGACUGCAAACAUGCUAACUUCUGACAACAGACCUCUGACGUGGAUCGAGGAACGGGGACCGGGCCUCCCCAGGGCGAAGAAUAUCAACUUCCACUUUGACUCCUGCACUCUGACCCAGAUCCCUCCUGCACCCAGAGGGGCUGUGGGCAUUUUCAUGCAAGACAUGAUCCACUUCUCUGCCAAGCUGGCAGGCCAAGUGAGUCCAGAGGAGCUCCAGAGAGAGAAGACCAGGAUCCUGCACUGCUUUCAUGUGGCGGAGAGGAUACAAAAACUGUGCCAAAGUUAAAUGGGGACUCCAGUUAAUCAUAAUCAUAUAUCUUGAUGGUGGCAAAAAUGUUCUAUACCAGUAUGGGUCAUUUCAUAUCUCAAUAGUGAUAAAUAGUCUCAAAUGGCAUGUUUCCAAUAGACAAAUAGAAAUAACCACAUGGCAAAGCCUGUUUUGUAUACAAAAUGAACACAACACUUGCAAGUGCAAUUAUAAUAAAGAAUAAGGAAAUAAAGACAAUAAUUUGAUUUUACUGAGAAGAAUUAUUGGCUGCAUGAGUUGAACAAUAAAGCUGAAUGAAAGAACAAAACAUAUUUAAUAUUGCUGCUGAAAAAACACAAUUUAUUUUAUCCUUUUGGGUUGCAAGUGGACCUUUGUGCUUCAUAAAGUAUGUGCUGUAUGCAGUGUUGCAUUCUGGGUGAUGGAGCUGAAGUUUGGAGAAGCUUGUGACUGAAAGGUUGCCAGUUGGAAUCCAGAUUGUUAAUCGCUUGAAACUGUGUGGUUACGCCCAGGUUCUUACAGCUGUUCAAGAGUAAAAUUCAGUUCAAUACACUUUCAAGGAACCUACAUUUUUUGUAUUCUCC